AUGCAGUACAACGAGCAGCUCGGUCGCAUCAUGUCAACGGUAGCUCCCGCUGGUGCAAAGCUACGGCCACAGCGGAAACGGCCACGGAUCGACGCGCUUCCGUUGGACGAUGGCAUGCCAGAGGGGCCAGUGGCAGACGAGCCUGAGGAUCCAGACGCUGACGACGACCGCCGCCACGCCACCGCUAGUUACAAGCUCAACAUGCGGGAGUUCCGCGACGUGCUCCGUCGCGAAAAGCAAACGCGCCGCGAGUUGGCGUCCAAGCAGGUCGAGAUCGAGAAGGAGGUCAAGGCUGGCUCGCCCGACCCAGCGACACUUGCAGCUACCGCGAGGUCGUGGCGCCUGAUGGGCGCAGAGCAGCAGGCGCAUUUCCAGGCGGAGCGCGCCCAUUCCCACUCUGCGUUCGUCACCCUUGACUUGUCCACCGAUGAGGCGUUGGAGGCCGCCGGCGAAGCUGCUGCUGAAUUUACGCAGGAGGCAGCACCGCAAGAGUGGAGGCGCCUCCGCGCGCAGAUCAUGACAUCGCGCGUUGAGAAACUCGGGAAGGUACUGGCCAGUCGUACACCGUGUUUCGAGGCUGGCUAUUGUGUGUGCCAAGGCGACCUCGGAAAACUCAUGAGACUGUUCGUGGCCCGCUUCCGCGCUGCUCUUCGUGGCUUGAAGGCAGCGCUCGGCACGAAGAAGCACUUCAAGCUGCUCGUGAGCGACGUCCCGAUGCUGGUUGUUAAGGUCGAGGCUGUGAAUGGCGCUGGGGAGAACCUUGGAUCUGACCUGUGGCUGCACGUCAGUAAGUAUCGUGAACUACCAACGUUGUACCCUACCUUCUGCAAUAUGAUUCGUCUCCCUGCUGAAGACCGCCAUGACUUAAUUGGCGCGGCGCCAGUCCAGGACGGCAGGGCCCCAGACUUCGUCGACAUUUGGGCGGUGUGCCGUCGCUUGCUGCCCUUGGACGAUUCGUUGAACCUCGUGUUCUACAAGCUCGUUGGGCAACCGCAUGUACGAGUUCUCAGGGUAACACCGUCACGGCAAAGGGUUCAUCGACUGCAUGUGGAGGGGAGCGCGUACCCAGCCAUCGCCAUCUGGGACGGCGCGGAGGCCGAGGUGUACAAGCUUGACGAAGCCGAGAAAGCUGCCAGGGUGGUCGUGCAUGGCUUGGACCGCGGCGUCGACGACGAGCAGCAGCUUGCAGCGGCCACCGAACCUGAAUGCGCAGCAGAUGACGAUGAUGCCGCGCCCCAGCAUGGAUUCCAUUCCGCCUGUGGUUCCUCGGCAGCGCUAUUCAUGGACAGCGACGCGGACACUGACCGCGACCUGUCCGAAGAGAUGCUGGGUGACAACAUUGCGGAUGACAUCGGGUCCGUGCCACCGGAUGUUGAUUUGGAAGAACACCUUGACCAACAGUUGUGCCAGUUCUCGAAGCCACCGUCUCCAUGUCCAGGCAGCCCUGUCUCGGUGUCGGGCGACGUGCCGAUAGAGCCGAGCGCGCCCUCCAGUGGACCUGGUCAUGUCAGGGCUCCGCGUGAGCUCAAGUGGAACAGUAACGCCAUCACCGUCAACACUGACCAUGGGACCAUCAAGCAUUACAGGGUGACGAAGCGCUUGAUAGCAGAGCUGCCGCUCGCAGUGUUCAAGGUGAGAACUACACAGGAGAGGUCGUGCCACGCAUCUUUACAUCGUUGCAAGGGGAGGCCGAUCGGCUACUUGAUGGCGUGGCUGAUGUUCCCGAACGUGGAGAGUGGGCGAGGUCGCCAUGUCCGAGGGUUCCUGGCGAGCCUCGACUUUCGAAAGAGAUGCAGGGAUAUGUUCAAAGCGAUCGGUGGUCCCGAGGUCGAGUUCAUUUUGAACCAUGGUGAGCGCGAGCUUCAGCCUGGCGAGCCAGAGGAGCCCGAGCGGUCAGCAAAUGACGAGGUCAGAGCCAGAUAG